CUGAUCAAAAUGUUAAUAUUUCCUUGUUUACGGCCCAGCAGAGUAUAAAUACAGAAAAUUGAUGAGUUAACAUUUUUCGAGUUCACCAGUCUUCUUCAGCAGCCACCAGGGACCAGUGCUGCUCCAGGAUUCCACCCCACUGACAGGCCAGUCCUGCCCCUUUGACUUUCGGUCUACUUCAGCUGUGCCGACAUCACUACAUCAUGUGUACCAGGGCAACCAACAAAGUACUCCAUGGAGUUCUGAAACAAUUGAAGUCCCAGAGCAAUGUCACGUUCGCACGAAGCGUCUAUUACUUGAACAGACCAAACUUACAGCCAAUCAGGACACAGCUAGCCACAUUUGAAGGAGGCUCAGUGGAGCUGGAAAUGGACAACAGCUCCGGGAUUGCAGUGCUGACCCUCAGCAACCCUCGCAGGCUCAACUCCAUGACAGGAAAGAUGAUGGUGGAUAUGGCAGACUGUGUUGGUGAACUGGAGCUGUGGAAGGAAGGAAAAGGACUCAUCAUGUGUGGUGAGGGCGGCAACUUGUGCAGUGGUGGGGACCUCACCUUUGUCCGGAAGGCCUUGCACUAUGGAGAGGAGAUGGCUGCCUACCAACACGACACCCUCACCAGACUCUUGAACCUGCCUCUCAUCAGCGUGGCCCUUGUCCAAGGCCAUACCCUGGGAGGCGGCGCAGAACUGUCAACGGCUUGCGACUAUCGCGUCAUGUCUCCAAGUGCCAAGAUCGGAUUUGUGCAAAUCAAGAUGGGCCUCACGACAGCUUGGGGAGCCGCCACCAGACUCACUCGUCUAUUGGGAAGACGGAAGGCCAUUGACCUGUUGUGCUCCGCCAGAAUCUUGUUGCCUAGCGCCGCCUUUCACGAAGGUCUGGUCGAUUACGUCAUUCCAAGAAUCUGCGACGAUGAGCUCCAGGAGACGAAGAACUGGCUGAUGAGAAACUUCUGUAACUACGAUACCAGCAUUAUGCGCGCUAUCAAGUCACUGGUAGUCAACGCGGAUCUCAGUAUGGACAUGUCGGUGGCACUCGAUAACGAAAGGAAGCUGUUUGCUCAAACUUGGGGCGGCCCUGUUCAGCGAAAAGCUCUUGAUGCAAACAUCAAACAUAAAUAAAAGCCCAAUUUUGCUGUCAAGAAACCAAACCCUCUUGCAUAAUAAGCCUUCUUGGACAUUCCUAUGCGUAUUAUUGCAGCUUAAUUCUGCUUUUAAUUAUUAAUAAACAUGUUGCAGAAUUUUGGAAGCAAAAGUAUUGUAUUUUUCAACAUUUCCUCAGUACAGGUGUUAAAGAAGUUGAAGUCAAGCGACUCUUUUGUCGCUACAUAUGAUAUAAUACAUGCAUAAAUUUGUAUUAUCUUCGGCCUGCUCUCUUUGAGAUUCGCAUUAUCAUGACGCUGUCAGUGAGGAGAUAAAAUGAGGCAUUUACGGAAGAAUCAAGACCAACGAUUUCAAACCCUUUUUCAAAUUGCUGCACGGACGAUGUCAAAUAUGUCAGGAAACGCAAGGGCCCCUUUAUUCAGACUGAAAAAUAUCGAAAAUCUGAAUACCACCCCCCACCCCACAAAAAAAUGAAAAGAAAAAAAAAUGCUGUCAGUCCUCAUCACACUUCCCACCUUGGUACACCCGCUAAUCGAUGUGUGACGUCACAGUGGAUGGGAAAGUGCCAGUAAUGGGAAAAACAAAACAAUUCAGAAAGCCUAAAACUAUUCAGAAAACUGUCUCUAUCAUGAACAUGCAUUACAUUUCUCAUUAGGAAAAAUACAAUGUACUUUCUAUGCAUGGACUCAUUUCAUAUUAAAGGAAGAACGCUUGUGCAUGUCUGAGUUUUGUUACGUAGAACUGACCCCCCCCCCCAAAAAAAAAAAA